AUGCCUCGCUCAAAGACUUCCCGCGCUACUAGAGGGCGACGGAGAACCGGCUGUCUAAACUGCCGCAAUCGCCGCAUUAAAUGCGAUGAAAAGAAGCCAUGCAGCUACUGCACUCGACGAGGACUUGAGUGCAUCCAGCCAGAGUUCAUUGUCCGUCAUGGAUGGUCAGAAUCCACUGCGGCGACUACGGCUGCAAACAAUGAACCGGCCACGUCAUACGAGACGUUUCGACAAAUUUAUUCAGCCGAACACGCGGGAACGGCCUUGCCUUCAACUGAGGUCACUGUGAGUGGUGAGGUUUUGACCAACGAGACGGCCAAGCUAUUGCGAAUUUAUCAACAGGGCAUUGGGACUUGGAUGGAUAUUCUGGAUCACUCGCUCACUUUCCAGCGUCAAGUCCUAUCAUCUGCACUUUCGUCACCUCUUUUGUUUCACUCUAUAUGCGCCCUGUCGGCCAAGCAGAUGAGCCUUACUCAGGACAAUCGUCUUUGGGAGCCCAUCUCCUCACACCACUACGGCGAGAGCUUCAGAUUGCUCAUUCAUGACGUCACUGUUGAAGGAACAAAGAGAGCCACCAUGCUCUCGGCCACUAUCCUUCUAUGCAGCUAUGAGCUACUCGCUUUUCCCGGCGCAGAUUAUCAGCGUCAUCUGUUUGGUGGCCGAACCCUGAUCGAGGCAGAUUUCGACGUCGUGUCGGCAACCAACCUGGGCCGCGCCAGUUUUUGGAUCUACGCGCGACAGGAUGUUUCUCUGGCGCUGGUUAAUGAACGGCCAACUCUCAUUCCACCAAAAGAAUGGCCGGCUGUUCCAUUCUCAAACGAGAGACAGGAAGACGCUCUCGGGAAGCGCAUUCUCUGGUUGCUUGCCAGGGUAAUCGAGGUUAGAUUUACUAUACCAAGCGACUUCGAUGGCGACACACUGGAGGAUAAUCUCGAUGCUAUAGUAUCAGAAAUUGUCCAUUGGUCAGAGAGCGUUCCUUCCCACGCUCGUGGAGUAGACAUCCAGGGUGAUCUAGCCGACGGCCUCAAACAGUCAUGGUUCUGCGUCCCUUCAGCAGCGGCUGGUUGUUUAUACUAUCACUUGGCAAAGAUUUUGUGCUUCGAGUUCUGGCUACAACGUCCUGCUGGACCAGUUCCUAACGAUAUUUUAUCUGCCGGCCUCCGCAACCACGCUCUGGAAAUUGCUUCGAUCUGCCUCUCACCAGGCAUCUCUGACGGCGCCUUGGUUGUGGCAGUAAACCCACUGUUCUAUGCCGCAAAACACAUCAGGUCUCUCUCACUCGAGGCCAGGAUUUGGGCGCUUCUCGAGGACAUUGAAUGCCGUCUGGGGUUUCAUACACGGAACAGAGUAUCUCAACUACAGAGGGGAUGGGUGUCAAGGCGGGAAAGUACUUGA